AACAGACAAACAAACAGACCCAACUACUGUACUCUCGCUGCGCAUGCGCGCCGAGGGUAAUAACUCUCGCUGCGGAUGCGCGCCGAGGGUAAUAACUUUUUCACUACAUAAUGCAGGUUGAAUUGUGUCGGGAGAGCUGUUCGCUCAUUAAUCUUGUUCACUGUCGGAAUAAAUGUGUGAACGAGACUUAUGAUACCCCAGACUCCAGUGCCUGCCAAGUCUGUAGAAAAGAUGCUUGUGACACUGGCUGCGAGGUAAAGCAAGAGCUGCAAGCUAUAGAUGAAGAAGGCACAGAUCCUAAUGCUCUUCCCCCAGCUCCGAACGGCCGCUUGGAGCUCACAAUAGCUGAUGCAUCAGAUGACGUUUCUCCUCACACCAGUGAUGCAGGACUCUACACGAUGGACCCCAGUGGAGCUGUCCCACAAGAGUCUAACUCCAGUGCAGUAAUACGACACCCCACAGUAAUCAUUCUUAGAGUUAGCGGAAGAAAACACAAGUAUGUUUGGUUGACAAGUUUUGAAGAGAUACUCAAUCUCACGGCAUAUGCGUGUGAGGAGGUAAGGAUUCAACUUGGAGCUAUCAACAAGUUUGGACUGGCUCCCACCAGCUACAGCCCACACACUUCCCUCAGUGUCGAGGUUUAUGGAGAGUCUCUGCCUACUUGUGCAGCCCACCCAAAGAAUGUCAACUUUAUAAAAGAAAAGGUCAACAUGACCGGAUACUGGAAACAUGCUAACGUCAUCGUACACUGGAAGAGACGAGAAAAAGGCUUUGAGCUCCUGGAUCACUACGAGGCAAGAUUCCAGUUGGAGAAACCAGAUGAGCAGCCGUACUGCAGGCCAACAAAUCUCACCAAGAGAGUUGAAAGUGGUUUGUAUUGCAUACAGAGGAGUAUUACUGGUGACGACUUAAGAUGGAACAUUUCAGCUGGAGCUGUGGGAGAUGGACCAGUCAGUGACUGCCACUACACUGUUACGAUCGAGGCAGUGUCCUUGGAUCGUAGUAUAUGUCCAACCUAUCCACCAGAUGUUCACAAAGUCCAUAUCUCUAGCUUGGACACGACGCCAGUUCCGCUGGACCUGCAGUGGGGUCAGGAGUGGGACGACAAGACAGGCAACUUCACCUACAACCUGGACUGGAGCAUGCCAGACGACACAAACGUCCAGAGAGCUGUCGGGUCAUUCGAGGUCCUAGUUGAUCUCAUUGCCCCUGACAACACUUAUGAGACUCUGUCCUCUACAGUCUACUUUACAAAUGCAAGCAGUGGACUGGCCUACCAUCACACUCAGAGGGUCAAGUAUGAUGAGAAAAACUUCAAACAUCAGAUAACACUAAAAUCCCAUCCAGGAGACCUCUCACUAGCUGUGUUAAUCCCUUCCCAGCGCAAACAGACCUUCUCUGCAGAGGCCCUACCACCAGCUCAGGUGGUGGGUGUGACUGCCGAGCUGAUCACACCGAUCGCAGAGUCCAAGACUUCUACUGUUACACUGGACAUUGCCGUGGCAUGGGGGGAGGUUGAGGCUGAGGUGGCCUAUUAUCAGCUGAGGGUAGCACGUGACAAUACAACUGGUCCACUCCAAUACAUGAAAUUCAACCAACUGAACCUACAGCUACCAUUAGUGGACUCAGAGUGGCACUGGGCAACUGCAGACCAUGUCUCUACAUACAGGUAAAGGCAGUGACACAUUUCAUGGCAGAGAGUCCAUGGAGUGAUGCUUUCUGCCUAGAACUACCUCAUUUUGCCCCCACUACCAGCACUCUGCCCUCUACUGUGGAAUCCAAUGCAGGUACAAUAUGGAGCUAAGUCCUCAAUUGAUGUGUCUCAACAUUGAAACUGAAAAUGAAUAUACAUAGACCAUGGGGCAUUAGAAAAAUAAUGGAGGCAAACGGUGUGUAAAGUAAUCGCCCUUGAGCAUUUAAUGUGAAAAAAUAGGGACCAAGCACCCAAAAAUACGAAUUAAUUAUUAUCACGUUGUAAUACAUGCUUAAAGCUAAUGGCUUGAUUUGGCAAGAGCACACAGACGGCUGACUCUGUCACGGAAUGGCUGUAGUCUGACAUAAACAACCAACUCAGAGACUAGGUGAAGGUCCAGUUUUGCAGCUGUUGGCACUCCAUGCGACAGCCACCAGACAGACUGUAUGUGCUUCACUGCUUGUUCUGUGACCCAGUAUACUACUAAGAUUCUUAAUUCUGUCUGGGGAUUACUCUUGCUGAUUGUUUAACUAAGAAACACGGCAUAUAACACAAACUCCUUUCAUUAUAACCAACACAUGUAUGCAAACAAUGAACUAGAAAAGGUAAAAGAGUGUACUCAAUAGGUUCUCCAAUAGAAACUUGUGGAGCAAGCACAGGGCUAAACACCCUCGGCGCGCAUGCGCAGCGAGGGUUACUUGGUCCGUAACUUUUCUGUCUGUCUGUCUGUUACCAAAUUUUCUGCCACCACGCGCAUCGAGACAACGAAAG